CCAUAUAAUUUUCCUGUCCCAGAGUGUGUUGUAUGCUGGGAGUCUUGGUUGUGGAGAGACCAGCCUGUCUCUGUGUGGAUCAAGGAUGUGCCAUGAGAUUGCCCACUCCUGGUUUGGCUUGGUUAUUGGAGCCCGAGACUGGACUGAGGAAUGGAUCAGCGAGGGUUUUGCCACCUACUUGGAAGACAUCAUCUGGGCCCAAGCACAACAACUCACCUUACAAGAGACAGCAGACCAGUUUGACCUAAAGGCACUGCUGAGGUGGAGACGACUCUCUGAUGAGUUGCAGAACUCAGAGGAGGAACUUCAAAUCCUCAGACCCAACAUGGAGAACACUGGUCAGGUCAGUGAGUCUGGCUCCUCCACAGUUAAACAUGCCCUCAACCCUGACAAAACCUUCAUGCAAGUCCACUACCUCAAGGGUUACUUCCUCCUCAGGUUCUUGGCCAGUCAAGUGGGAGAGCAGCAAUUCAUCGACUUCUUCAGAUUAUUUGUGAAGGAAUACCACGGGCAGCUCAUUUUGUCUCAGGAUUUCCUGCGAAUGCUGCUGAUUAUCUUUCCUGACAUGGAGAGAAAAGGCCUCACCCUCAGUUCUAUUUAUGCAGACUGGCUUGAUCGACCGGGAAUUCCAAAGUGGCUGUAUGAAAGGAGCGCCGUGUGGUCACAGGCGAAGCUGGUGGAAGAAGUCAAAGCCGAGGUUGUAAAAUGGAUUCUCCUCAGUCAGAGUCAUCAGGGGAAGGGCAGAAAGCGGAAGAGAAUAGAGCCCAAGGUGAACUACAAAGAGUUGACGUCGGAGCAGCUAGUGAUGCUUUUGGAGCUUCUGUUAGAGGAAUCGGAGCUAAGCGUGGCAACAAUGCGCACUCUUAAGGGAACCUACAACCUACAGAAUCAAGAUGCUGAGGUCCGACAUCGCUGGUGUGAGCUGGUAGUCAAACAUGCAUACACUCAGGCUUACAGGGAUGUGGAACAUUUCCUUGUUCAUGACCAAGCCAUGGGUGUGUAUCUGUAUGGGGAGCUGAUGGUUCACGAGGACCCUGAGCAGCAGGCCCUGGCUCGUCGCUGCCUCUCAUUGGUCCAGGAAGAAAUGGACCAGUCGGCACGUAGAGUGGUGGAAGAGAUGGUCCUAUGACAUUGGAGGUUGCCGACCACAGACGGAGAUGACAGGAGUUUGGCACGCGGGGCAGACAAGGGUCCAGCUCUCACCUCCUCAUCCUCUGUAGAAUCGCUCAGCAGGGGGAAACACCAGAAGGCUAUGCUCUUACUCUACAGCCAAGGCCAACUGGCAGGGUUUAGAGAACCGCAGUUCUGUUCAUUCAAGUCGAAAGAAAUAGUUGGUGUGUGCGAACCGCUAUCGAUGCAAGCUGUUUGUAGUGAGAUGCAGUGUUGUUGAUUUCAUCAUCGCUGUGCUAAGACAGAACAAUUACACCACAAUCCACCUUUUUAAAAAUGAUAAUGGGGAAAGAGAGAUAUUUCACGGAUAAAGACACUGUGCCUCGGACCUCAGCCGCUGUGUUUGAGUUAGUGUUUGUGUCUGUGUGGGUCUGAGUUCGUGUCUGUUUAGUCUAAAGCCAUGAUCUGGUUCUUUAGAGUUUAGACUGGAAAUACUUCCAGGUGAGUAAUGUUUUCAUACAUAACAAAUUACUUCACUCUGGCCUGUAGCGAAACUGGAAAAUAUACAAUCGACAACAGUCAGGGCAUUUCUAUACGUGUAAAUGUAAUUUAUGUUUUGUAACUGCUGUAUGAAAAAAUAAUGGUAGGCUUGUUUCUGUAUAAUUUUAAGUGAAAGUUUUAUG